AUUUGACUUAGUAUCCUCCUUAUGUUGACUUAUUAUGGGAGCAGUCCAAAAAUUUGACUAAAUAAAAAAGGUUCAACAAAAUAUAUAUAGCAUCGGCAUGUUCAUAUUUUUCAAACAUUUCUAAGCUAUUUUUCCUUAUGCAAUAAAUUGCAUUUCCGUAAUUAUUCUUCGCGUACAAAACAAAAUAUGCUAGAUUUGAGUAGUCAAGAAUUAAAUUUAUAGAGUAGAGAAUUUGAUUUGGACUACCUACCUGAAUUCGGAGCUUAGGGUUUAUGUUUUGGGGGGUUUUAGGAAUUUGCUGAGAUUUUGAGAAAACGAAGCGAAAAACAAGAUGAGCAAAAUGCAGCAGCCGAUGAACACGCCGCCGUCGAUGCCUCUCAAUCUCGUCUCCACUGAGCAGAUUCAGAAGUAUUUGGACGAGAACAAAAACUUGAUAAUGGCGAUACUGGAAUGUCAGAAAAUGGGAAAAGUGGCUGAAUGUGCACAGUAUCAGGCCAUCCUCCAGAAAAAUUUGAUGUAUUUAGCGGCGAUAGCUGAUGCCCAGCCUCCAGGAUCUUCGACACCUUCACAAUUGCAGAUGGCAACUAGCUCGGUGGCACCACAAGGAGAUUCACAUAUGCAGCAGAGUCAGUCAUCAUCGGUGCAGCAGCAGCAGCAGCAACCCAAGUUGCCGUUCCAGCUCAAUGCUCUCCGCCCUCAAGAUCAGCAUAAUCAACUACUACAAUUUCAACAACAACAACAGAUGCAAGGCCACUUUAAUCUUGGAGGGGGUGCUAAUAAUGGUCUACAUAUGCUUAUGCACCCUGGCCAUGCCCAUGCCAAUAUGAUGGACUUGAGAGGAAACCACCCCGGUGCCUUGGAGGCAAGUUCCGGCAACAGCCAAGGAAACUCCGGUUUGGGACGCGAUGGCAGAGAAUGACGGUCGUAUAAUGUGAUUUUAAACCUGAACCAGAACACUUUUUUUCUCCAAUGAAAUCGUUUCUCGCAGUGUUCUCUGUGAGACCUGUUGUAUUGCGUUUUGUCAUGCAGAAAACGAGCAUAUUUUUGAUGUGGAAAUGGUGCAGAAAGUUGACUGUGUUCUGAGAAUUUAUUUAUUUAUUUAUUUUUAUUUUGCAUAAA